UCCCAUUUGAGCUUUAUAAAUAAGUAAUAAUUAUAAUUUGUGCCAUAGAUACACAGGACUCGGUGUACAACAUUAUAUACUGUAGCUGAAGAGAACCACGAAAGGAAAUAUGUCUCAGGGCAAGGGUUUAACACUAUACCAAGGCUCAAAGCGCAUGUUUGGUGAAUUUCGUUGCCCAAAAUGCAAUCGUAGGUGGAUGAGUGGCAACAGUUGGGCUGAUUUUGGUCAGGAAUGUAAGAAUUGCAAGAUUAAUGUCUACCCUUACACCCAGAGAAAACUAAAAUUUACUGGAGCAGAGGGGAACAUGAAUGAGCCACACCCAGCACACUUGUGUGAGAAAUGCAAGAAGCACGGAAAUUGCAGAGGAGGUUUUGGUGGCAGACGAUACUAACCCAUCAAAUCGCAACAACAGUGGAUAACAACCAAUCACAAUGCUAGAAAUAUUAGCAUCAUAUUAAGAUCAUUAUCCAGAAAUUAUAAUACAAUUUGAUAUUAUUUGACUUUUUGAGGAUGAAAAUUUGAUAUACUGUGUUUCUAAUAAUGUUUAGCAAUAUUUUACACUUGCUAUUACAGACUUAUGAUUAAUUAAAAAGUUUGAUGCAGGUUAGCAAUAUUGGUGUUGGUGGGGAGGGGCAUGUGGUGGCACUAUCUAGAUCACUCUAAAAGUCAACACAAGAUAUAGGCUCUCUUCACUAAGGCUUCUGUGAAUGGAUGUUUUGUAGUGGAGUAGGAAAUCUUGUCUAUAAGCAGUACCAUAUGAUUGAAAUAGACAGGAAAAUUACCAAAUUCUCACGUCCCACAUUAUGGUUAAUUCUAAAUUUUUCCAUUAAGUUACUUUUUAUACUAAAUGCUAAUAAUUCAUAUAUUACAGCAGAUUUGUUGUACAUAAAAAGUUGCUCCAGGUGCACUCACAGUUUAAACAUAAUUUUUAUUAAGAAUUUGUAGUCUUGAUUGAUUAUUCUUCAUAUAUAAAUGUACACCAUAUCCCAACUGUGAUGUAUCUACUUGGGGUACAUGAGGGCUGGUUGAAGCUGGUUGAAGGGGCAGAAUGGGAAAGUAAGAUAGUGCAGCUAGGAGAAGAUGAUUUGAGGCUAUUAACUAAUUUUAUUGCUUUUAGUAACUUUUUAUUGGGGUUCCAGGGGGAGGGAGAAUACUUUUAGAGGGAAAAGAUCAUGUAGGUCUACCCCACAUUUCAUUAGAUAUACUGAUCGUGUAGGCCUACCCCACAUUUCAUUAGAUAUACUGAUCAUGUAGGCCUACCCCACAUUUCAUUAGAUAUACUGAUCAUGUACGCCUACCCCACUUUUCAUUAGAUAUACUGAUCAUGUAGGCCUACCCCACAUUUCAUUAGAUAUACUGAUCAUGUAGGCCUACCCCACAUUUCAUUAGAUAUAUUGAUCAUGUAGGCCUACCCCACAUUUCAUUAGAUAUACUGAUCAUGUAGGCCUACCCCACAUUUCAUUAGAUAUACUGAUCAUGUAGGCCUACCCCACAUUUCAUUAGAUAUACUGAUGCAUCACGAUCUUGUGUAUGUAUAAUUUGUUGACACUGGAUGAUGACAUUUGGGAAAUCCCAGUGUACAAUCUUAUCACCAACAUUUUUAUGUAAACAUUUACUAUAACACUAUAUAAACAUUAAAUAUUGAAGGCCUAAAUCGUCUAUGUGUAUUAUCAUUCAUGACAGUUUACAUACAAGUAUGACAUUCUUUCAUACAACAGCAUGCCAUAGAAUGUUUAUAAAUUACAGAUAAGAUUAUCAAACUUAAUAGCAUUCAGAACCUUAGCCAUAAACGUAGAUUUUGAUGAUUAAAUGUUAGAAACGUCA